UCGAUCCCCGGCAACGGCGUUUUAUUUUUUUUCAUUUUUGUUACUCGAAAUUAGGGUUUUCGUUUCUGAACGAUGAACGUUGCAACUUGUUCGAUGGUUUUUUUUUGGUUACUCGAAAUUAGGGUUUUCGUUUCUGAACGAUGAACGUUGCAACUUGUUCGAUGUUACGGUUCCACUUUCCAAUCCUGAACUUCACAAAACCCCUAAUCUCUACGCGUUUCAACAUGCGUUUGUUAUCUGUUCGAAAUUCUCCAGCUUCAUACAUAUCCACCACCACCACUGAACCAGCAAAGUCGAAGAAGAAUGAACCCUGGUUAAUCGUCGGCCUCGGUAAUCCCGGUAAAAAGUACGCUGCUACACGCCACAAUGUGGGAUUUGAGAUGGUUGAUGCUAUAGCUGAAGCUGAAGGGAUUUCUAUGAGUAGUGUUUCCUUCAAAGCUCUAUUUGGAAAAGGUUUUAUAGGCGAUGUACCAGUGUUACUUGCAAAACCACAGACUUUUAUGAACGCAAGUGGUGAAUCUGUUGGGGCCAUAGUUUCAUAUUACAAGAUUCCAUUGAAGCAAGUAAUUGUGAUCUUUGACGACAUGGACUUGCCUUUUGCUAAACUGAGGCUUCUAUCAAAGGGUGGACAUGGAGGUCACAAUGGAAUGAAAAGUGUUAUUAAUCACUUAAAAGGGAACUCUGGUUUUCCUCGCUUAAGAAUUGGUAUUGGACGACCUCCAGGGAAAAUGGAUCCUAUCUCAUUCGUUAUUCGACAAUUCACUAAACAGGAAAGAGAAGAACUGAAUUUUACCCUACAACAUGAUGGAUUAGAAGUGGUGCGGAUUAUUUUGUUGGAGGGAUUUGAUAAAGGCGCAAAAUUUGUUAAUACUGCCAAAAAGGUAGAGCAAAUAGGCUGAGGGACUGCACACUUUAAACAUCCUUUGGACAACUACAAGCAAACAGGUAUGUCUUGCAAGGAGACGCAAGUUAUAACUUAGCACUAAACUCAUUCAAGCCUCCAUUCAUCGGAAGAACUAUGUUUGAGUAAGUAAAUAGUAUUCAUCCAUUCUUUCAGAAAGCAGUUCAGGUUCCAGCACAGUGAAUUCGAACCUAAUGCUUAGAAUCUUCAAGUACUUGUAAGCUGUAACUAUGCAUACAUUAGUUGAGUAGUGAUGAAUUAUUAGCUCUUUGAGUUGUCCAUUUUCAUCAUUUUUGGGUCGUCAGGCCUCUUGUACACUUUUAUAUAAUAUAUAAUAAAGAUGAUAAAAGGAGAGUUUUGGAUGUUCUAUAUGGGAUGGCAUUUUCUUCACCAGAGUUUAUUGUGCAUUGUCUUUCUAUGUAUAUACAUAUGUAAAAUCACUUUAAGAGGCAAAUAAUAACAUUAUUAUUAUAAAGCAAAACCAAACUCAGAUUUAUCAGAGGGAAAUUGAUAGUAGAAUUUUCCCAUAAUUAGAACUUGAGCUCAUGUUUAGCUCAUGUUUAGCACUUCCAGAAACUUGAAUUGGUUUACUUUUGCUGUUAACCCAUUUCCUGCAUUAACAAAUGAAUUAACAGGAAAAAAUAGUUUUUUUUAUUGAAGGUAAUUAAAUUUUUUGGAUUUGUAUAAAUGGUUGAGGUAAAGAAGAUGGAAAAAAAAUGAAGGAGAUGAAGCUGUAGCCUAUGAAAAGUGAUUGAAUAUGAGAGAAAUGAUUAUUUAAAAUUGAUUUUGGUUAAAAGUGAGUUUGGUGUAAAGUAAUUUAUGUUUGGGUAAGUUUAUGUGAAAUUGAGUUGAAAUUGUGUAAAGUAAUGGUAGGAAAAGCACAUUGUGAAACAGGAUAUCCAAAUGAACCAACCAUUGAAAUGGUAGAGAGGUUGAAAUUACCAUUAUUAACAAGCUUAUCCAAGCCAAGAAAAACACGAGAGUUCCAACUCAGAGCCAAUGAAAUAGGCAUAAAUUAAUUCCUUGCAUUCCACUGAGAUGCUAAAGUCCAAGCUUAUAUCUUGAAUGUGCAUUGUGAUUACCACUAGAAUCAUCAAAACUUUGUAGUGGCAUGACCUUACAACCCAAAACUCCAUUAAGAGUCAAGUCAUACACAACAACCACAUUUAACAUAGCAAAAUGAUGGAAGCUCAGUAGCUCUUGUAAUUUAACUUGAGCAGUUCUUUCAACAAUCAUAAUUGACAACCAAUUCCCACCCUUAAGUUUGGUUUGGCAAUGAGAUGAGUAUAAUACUAGUAAGAGCUCAAUGUGGCAGCAAUAGAAAAGACUCACAAAAUCAUGACAGCUCAGGUUACGAUUCAGAAUCAUACCACAAGAAUUACAAGCAAAGCUAGCCAAUAAAUCAUAUGAAAGGGGGAGUGAUCCAACAAUAGAAAUUAAACCAAACUCAAGUCCAAGUCCACUAGAUGGAAAACCAUUACUACAAACAUGAUAAUUAUGAAGCAAAUUAUUACUUGCAGAAUACUGGGAGUCCAUAUCUAUUUGUCCAAUAAUUUUCAUCAUACUCAACAAGCUUGUAAAAGUGUCAAAAGAGAAAUCAACUGUGAGGGAAAUUUUGACAAACAGAUAGUGGGCAUCAAUUAAGGACACAAUAUUCUUAUAAGCAUAAGAAUAACAUGUUAACACACAAACGCUUGGAAUUUGGGGAUCAAUUAUGGGUGUGUUGUGAUAUUGAGUUCCAAUUAAAAUAUUCUGCUUAAAUUGGAGAUAGUGAAUAAGGUUGUUUACCUUGAUUGAGGUUAAUGAUUUAAGCGGUCUUGUGUAAAGUGAGUGAUGUAGCCAUGGUGGUGCGAGCGGCGGCGGCAGAAUGAAGACUAAGUCAUAUGGAUCCAAUAAAGGAAUCAUAGGCAGGGUAAGCAUCACAACGGGACUGAAAUUCCUUCUGACAAUCACCGUUAAAGACCCCGGUCGCUUGCUAUCGACUUCGGUUGUUGUCUUCUCCUUGCUAUAACAAUCGUGUCCGACAAUGGAAGGAAUAAAACCUUUGAUUGUGGAAACCGCAUAAAAAUUGGAAAUCGAUGGCUCAAUGACUCGAUCACUACUCAGGUUAGAAGCAUCAACAACUAAUAAAGUUUCACUUAAAGCUUCUGAAAGAGUACUCGUCUCAGCAGUCGUGUAUGGGGUAGUCAAUACCUCAACAUCGAGGAGAUCAGAAUCAUCGAUCUCUUCUUGCGGUUGGUCAGUCAUUCUUGUAAGAAUCACCAACGAUUGAUUCUCUGGAGAUUGCAGAAAUGAGUCCAAAUCACCAUUAGAAGCAUAGCUCACUUUAAGUGCAACCAAUUGCUCCUCAACGCGGUCCAAACGCAAGGCAUUAGUUGUGCGUAACAUCUUAUACUCAGCAUAACGUACAUCUUCCUUUUCCAUGAAUGUUUUCAUUGUGGCGUUGAGUCUUUUGAUGGCUGCCUCCAAACCAUUCAAACAAGUAUUAUCUGCCAUGGCGAGAUAUGAAAGCACCAAUGUAAGGGUUUAGCCCCUUUGAAAAUAUGAAAAUAUGGAAUACAGAGAAAAUAUAGACAGUCGGAGAAAUGUAUCUUUAUAUAGAAUUCAUUAGAAACAAUCCAAUAGGAAUUAAGUGAAUACAAUGCAAACUGACAAAUUAAGGAACUAGUAAGAGGAUAGAAGAAGAUUAAGUAUAAGACUUAAUCCUUACUCUCAAGAGAGUACCAAAGGGGAGAGAGGAGUGAUUCAUCAAUUUUCUUCCAUACCUUUGAUGCCAAUCAAUGCUCCCUUUAUAGAAGAUUAAGAGAAUAUUUCUUGUUAACUCUAUUCCCUUAAUUGAUGGAUCAAGUGACACAUGUCUCUUUUCUCUAACCAUUUUAAUGACUCACUUUGAUGA